AUGAAAAAACUUAAUAUAAUUUUAUUUUUUUUAUGGUGUAUUUUAUUAAUUAAUCUCGUAAAAGUAAAUGCCAGCCCUUUAACAUCAUGUCUCUCUUCAAUAAAAGGUCAAACCGUUUAUCCAAACAACAAAACCUUUCCAUCAUUAAUUCUUGAUGAAAAUCUUUAUGUGAAUUAUACUCCAUCAGUUUUAAUUUACGCUGCUAAUAAUCAAGAUGUACAAACAUCAAUUAAUUGCGCUACUAAAUUGAAAAUGGAUAUUACUGCACGUUCAGGAGGUCAUUCGUAUGAAAAAUAUGGAUUAGGUGGUAGAAAUAAUGUUAUGGUAGUGGAUUUAACAAAUAUUAAUGAAAUCACAAUUGAUUCAAAAGCGAAAACUGCUAAAAUUGGUGCAGGAAAUAGAUUAGGCGUCAUUUAUGAUAAAUUAAGUCAAGCUGGUUUCUUAAUUCCGGCCGGAACUUGUCCUUCUGUUGGAAUUGGAGGUCAUGCUCUUGGAGGGGGUUAUGGGUUUGCCGGUCGUAAAUAUGGUUUUGCUGCUGAUAAUAUCAUUUCUAUGGAAAUGGUUGACGCUAAUGGAAAACUCUUACAAGUUGAUAAACAAACAAAUGCCGACUUAUUCUUUGCUUUAAGAGGAGCAGGUGGUGGAAGUUUUGGUAUAGUAACAUCAUUUGUCUUUAAGCUUCAUGAAGUACCACCACAAGUUACUUCGAUGCAAUUUCAAUUUAGACGAUCUCAAGUACAACAACUAUUUACUGCUUAUAAUGAAGUUGGCCCAACACUUGAUAAUAAUAUUGUUCUUUCAGUGUCUCUUGAUAAAGAUAGUUUAUCAAUUGAUGGAUUAUAUUUAGGUCCAGCCAAAAAUGCAAAAGAUGCAAUGAAACCUUUCUUAUCAAGAGCACCAAAACCAACAUCAUCAAAUUUUAAACAAGAAACAUUUUUUGAUUCUGUUGUAACUUUUUCUUACGUUCCUCCAAAUGAUGUAGUAAAACCAAAACAUCAUCCAUAUUUCUUUAAAGCAAAAUCUUUUUUCGUUAAUAAAGGAUUAACCUCAGAAGCUAUAGAUACUUUAUCAAAUUUUUUGAGUACUGUUUCUUGUAGUACUUAUGCUUUAUUCGAUUUACUUGGUGGAACUGCAAAUAUUGUUGAUGAUACUUCAUCAUUCAUGCAUCGUGAUUCAAUUUAUGGUAUACAAUUAGUUGGUUCAGAUUGGAAAAAUAAAGCGCAAGGUGAUAAAUGUGUUAAAGAAUUAAAUGAUUUCGGAAAGAAUUUUCAAUCAAAAUUUACUUCUUAUUUUAGUUAUCAAAAUUAUAUUGAUAGAGAUUUAGAUGAUUGGCAAACGAGAUAUUAUGGUCAAAAUUUUAAUAAGUUAGUUGAUAUAAAAACGAAAUAUGAUCCUAAUAAUUUAUUCAAAUUUCCUCAAAGUAUUCCUGUAAAAGGAUAA